GGAAUCAUUUGCUUGUUGCUGGGAGGGGCCUCUUGGUCCAUUGGUUGAGCAGAAGAGAUCAUUAGUUAGGGGAUUGAGUUUACAGGCACUGGGGGGAAAAAAGUAGCAGCACAGCACACCCGGUUUUCAGGGAGAGAUUAAAAAAAGUGUUGUCUACAGACAGUAUUUGAGUGAACGGUAUAAGGUGAAAGAUUGGUGAAGAGGGAGGACUGACUGACUUUAAAUAUUCUGUUGCUCUGUUCUAAAUAACAGUUUCUUCUUGGAGAGUGGCGUUAGAGAGUGUAGGCAGGAAUUCUUGGAAAAGUGUUGCUGUGCAGCUCUGGAAAUUUGAGAUUUGAUACAGAGAGCCGAGUAACACCCCUACACUCCUCCUUCAGGAUCCCCCUUUACCCUCCAAAUUCCGUCUCUAUUGCUCUCUUUCUCCUUCUCUUCCUCUCCCUGUCAGCUGUCCCGCUCAAUCCCCCUCUCCUGACGUCCUGCCUGACACCCGCUCUGCUCGACAUGGAGAACUCCACGGCUGUGGCCUUUAACGCGACCCCGGACCAAGCGAAACCAGAAGCCAUGACACAACUCAUGCCAACCAAUUAUGACGUGGACGAUGGAUACUUGGAUGCCAUACUAGGUGCUGUCAUUGCUGCUGUGGUCCUGGUGUUGGUGUGCCUGGCGGUGGUAGUAAUUCGCUAUAUGUACCGGCACAAGGGCACAUACCACACCAACGAGGCCAAGGGCACUGAGUUUGCCGAAACAGCGGAUGCGGCGCUCCGGGGCGACCCGGCUCUGCAGGAUGCCAUGGACGAGAGCAAGAAGGAGUACUUUAUCUGAACAGUGGCGUCCCCUGCUGUUUCCAAUGGACUUUAGCCUAUGGACUCUAGGUAUUUUGGGGUUGGAGAAUAGAAAGUCUGGAGACUGGAUGAAAAUGACCUUGCUGUACUUAAGUGAAUAAUGUCCUAUCAGUUAAAGAUGAUCUGCUUCUAUAGCUAAAGGUCUCUUUUCCUGAUGAGACUGGCUAAAGGUCUCUUUUCCUGAUGAGACUGGCUAAAGGUCUCUUUUCCUGAUGAGACUCUGAUCAGUGACUGAAUAGACAACAAUUUACCAAAGAUGCAUCUUAAUAACAAUAAUAUUAAUUCAGUAUUCUUCCCCCCCUACCAGUUUUCCUCUUUAAUAUAUUUGGCAUAUCACCAAACACAUAGAUACAAAACAUUGACUUUGCUAUUAGGAUGCUAUAUUUGAAGAGUUGAUUUCCAAAAUAUUAUAUCCACCAAUUUUUCACAUUUGUGUUUUUUCAUCAGAAAUUAUUACUUAUACAUGUGUGUGUAAAAUAUUACUGU